AUGGCGGUCCCCAGUACUUGUGACGGGUUCAACGGUCUCUCGUGCGAGAAGGGACGAGCAUGGCCAGUCUGGCUGCUGCGGCUGAGUCGUACCAGUCCGUUGAAGAGGUCAGAUUACCUUGGCUACCUUUGUGAGGUACCUACUCUACGUAGCCCGCCCGUGGCUUCCGCUCUCACUCGUCCACCAAACGACAAACAACAACACAUGGACCACACACCGCCCGCAGGCCAUCCCCGUCUAUUCUUUUUCGCGGCCACCUGA